UCACCGCUACUGCAGGAUUGUUGUCAUUUUUUCUGUGGCUAUCUAUCGGCUCUAGCUAGCCGCUUGAUUUUCUCACCAACAUACUUUGAUCCAGCAGGAUGUUAGGAUGGAGUGUGGCCCAGUCCUGCCGGACAGCCUGGUGUUGGAGAUCUUCUUGCAUCUUCCCCAUGAUGAUGUGCUUCAAGCAGGUCUGACCUGCAGGCAGUGGCUGGCUGUCUCCAGAGAUGAGUUCCUUUGGAGGGAGCUGUUCUACAGCUACUACCGCAUCCCGCGUUCGGUACCCCGACACCCAGCGGCGGUGUCAUGGUACAGGGAGUUCAGGCGCCUGUUUGACUGUAUCCCCUGUGUGGAGGUUCAGACGCUGAGAGAGCACACGGACCAGGUCCUCCACCUGGCUUUUUCUCACAAGGGUCACCGCUUUUCCUCCUGCUCCAAAGACUGCACUGUUAAGCUAUGGGACACGGAGCGGCUGGACGGUAAUAUCUCGAUGGUGCACAGCUCCAGCAUGCGGGAGUUUAACUGGGGCUACACCCAGUUCUCCCAGUUCAACACUGACGACACCCUGCUGCUCGUGUCUGGUGUCUAUCUGGGCCCACAUCACUCCUCGUCGGGGGAAAUCGCUGUGAUCAGUCUGGACAACUACACGCUGUUGUCGCGUGUGAGCAACAAGCCGUACGAUGUGUUCGGCUGCUGGCUGAACGAGACCCACUUGAUCUCGGGGAACUUGCACUGGAUCGGCAACAUGACGUCCUGCUCGGUGCUCUGGCUCAACAAAGCCUUCCAGGAUGUUGAAUCGGAGAACGCCAACGUAGUCAAGCGCCUUUUCAAGAUCCAGAACGUCAACGCCAGCACCAUUCGCACGGUGAUGGUGGCCCACUGCCGUCGUCACGACACCCCGGAUUUGCUGCUGGACUACGAGGCCCAAUCCCAGGCUCGAAGGCAGAAAGGGCAGCAGCAGCCGCAGCAGCACCAGCCCCUCCUCUUUGAUCUGGGAACUUCCGGCAGUGAGGAAGACGAUGAGGGCGCGGAGAGGGGCGAGGAAGCAAGGCUUCCCAGGGCUCACUUUGCUAAGCCCUCCAUCUCAGGCAUGGAUCAUGUUAUACAGAGUUGUAAAACUGUAGGGCGCACGGAGUUGGCGAUUGAGAGCCACGUGGCUAAGGUCAUGGGCAAAGCCCACACGAAGGCCCCCGAGUCCAGCCUCAUUGAGCCCUCUGAGCCUGGAGACGGAGAGGACAAAACGUACUUACUCUUCACCACCGGCAGCCUUACAUACUCCCCUCACCAGAUCGGUAUUAAGCGGAUCAAGCCUGACCAGAUGACCACUUGUGGUCCCGUACUCGGGGAAGAGCGGAGUUCAGAAGCGUUUUUUGAUUCCCUAGACCAUGUUAUUGAUAUCCAUGGACACAUCAUUGGGAUGGGCCUUUCUCCAGACCACAGGUACCUUUAUGUGAAUAGCCGGGCGUGGCCAGCCGGGUGUGUGAUCUCUGACCCCAUGUCCCCCCCUCCCAUUGCCGAGGAGAUCGACCUGCAUGUCAUCGAUCUGAAGAGUUUGAGGGAGGAGAGAAGGAGCCUGCGCGCUCACCGAGCCUUCACGCCGAACGAUGAGUGCUUCUUCAUCUUCCUCGACGUCAGCAGAGACUUUGUUGCCAGUGGAGCAGAGGACAAACAUGGCUACAUCUGGGACCGCCACUACAACAUCUGCCUGGCACGCCUGGCGCAUGACGACGUGGUGAACUCGGUGGCGUUCAGCCCCGCCGACCAGGAGCUGCUGCUGUCUGCGAGCGAUGACUCCACCAUUAAGGUGUGGCGUUCGCCGCGCAUGGUCCGCCUGGCGCAGGCCCCCACCCGGCAGCCGAGGCCCCGCAACCUCCUGCCGUCCUGGCUGAGCCGCAACAAGAACUCACCGUCUGCCGGCAGUGUGAAUGGAAAACCAUGAGUCAGGGUGUUGCUCAUCAGCUGAUGUUGUUUCCGGUUUUAAAGCUCAACACCUAAACUUGGAGCUUCUCUUCCUCGUCUGAGACGACUGCUGUUGUUUUGUUUGCUCUUGACAUUUCCAAAUAUCCUGACUGUAUACUUCAAUAAAUGUGUUGUCACUGUU